GCCCUGCACUGCAGGGAAGGGAAGUGAAGGGGGGGAGAGAGGGAGAGGAUCUGCUGGAAAGGAAAGCACUUCUACAAGGGACUUUACACGCUCACUGUACGGUUAUUGAAUUGCUAAUCGAAGUAUGUCAAGGAAUCCGUGUUAACCUCAUUGUCCUGGAGCAACUUGUCGCAGAUGCUUCCGAAGCAAGUUGGAAUGUAGUGGCUUGGAAGGUUAAAAUGGUCCCUGAAUGUACUCGGAACUGUGCUUAUCAGGAAGAGAAAGGAUAACUUGUUUUAAUCCUAAAUUAACUUAACUGUAUUUGGUGCAAACUCUUGUGGACUUUGUUUUACAAAAACAGCAUGGAGCACUCAAGUCGACAUCUGAGAUUCAAGUUACAGAGCCUGGCACGGCGUCUAGAUGAAUUGGAGGAAGCAACAAAGAACCUUCAAAAAGCAGAAGAUGAAGUUCUGGAUCUUCAGGAUAAAAUUAUACAGGCAGAAGGGAGCAACUCUAGUAUGUUGGCUGAUGUUGAGGCGUUAAGGAAAAGAGUGCUAAAAAUUGAAGGGAAAGAUGAAGAAGUAAGGAAAGCAGAGGAUUUGUGUAGGCUGAUAAAAGAGAAACUGGAAAAUGAGGAAAAUCUUACCCGAGAACUUAGAUCUGAAAUUGAACAGCUUCAGAAAAAGAUGACUGAACUUGAGAAGUUAGAGGAAGCUUUUAACAAAAGCAAAAAUGAUUGCACUCAGCUAUGUCUUAGCUUAAAUGAAGAAAAGAAUAUGUCUAAAAAGUUAUCUUCUGAACUGGAAACACUUAGAGCUAAGGUUAAAGAACUUGAGUGUUCAGAAAGCAAACUGGAUAAAGCUGAACAAUUUAUAACCGGUGAACUGGAAAAAAUUAAGUCUUUAACAAUUAGUUUUGUCAAUGAAAAAAAGUGUUUUCUAGAAAAGGAAAAGCAAAAUGAAAAGUUAAUUUUAGAUCUUAAACAACAGUUAGAGUUGAAAGGGAAAAUAACUACAGGAGAUCAAGCCAGAACAGAGUCUAACAUGUUGGAGAAGUCUUCUGGUCAUACUAUAGAACGCAACAGCUUUAGGAUUGAAGAUGGCUUAACAUCUAAAUCGACCCACACAGUUGGCUUGGAUUAUAUCAAGCAGCCAGAAAACCAAACUAGUAGCAAAAAUGAAAAUGAGAAAAACAAAAAUCAGGAAGACAAUAAAAUUCGAGAUCUGAAUCAGGAAAUAGAGAAACUAAGAAAUCAAAUAAAAAACUCUGAGGGUGUGGAAGAUGAGUUAAAACAACUGAAGGAGAAAAAUUGUAAACUGCAGGAAGACUAUAUUAGUGAACAAGUCAAAAGCAAGCAGUUGACUGAUGAAAUUCAGGCUUUAAAAAAACAAGCCAAUCAAUACCACAGUCUAGAAAAUGGAGUUCUUGAUACUGAUGAAAUAACGUCACGUGGUAGACUUCGAAAUGAAAGGAAAUACAAGCCAUUAUCCUCUGAGCCUCAGACUUCCAAGAAUGGCUCUCGAGAUUUAUCACCUCAGCAAUCAAGAACUGAGAGGCAUUUAACUAAAGACUAUCAAAAUUCAGAUUCUCAUUCUAAAAAAACAUUGUCGUGUAGUAGUUCAAACAGUAGGAAAUCUGGAAAACCCACACUUUUGGAGACCUCACUAAGCAGUGUUAGGAAAGAUGAUCAUGUACCACCAUUAUCUAGUCGUGUUUAUGGGACAAAGGAAUAUGGAACGGCAAAUGAAAUAAAAAAGUCUAAAGAUCAGCCAUCUGUAUUAAGCCGGUAUCCACCUGCUGCUCAAGAACAUACAACAAAAAAGUCAUGGAAAAGCUCUACAAGUAAGCACCAAAAUAGCUUUGGAGAAGACUAUUCAGUUAAGGUGACACAAGCUGUUAUUACUUCAAGAAAAGAAGUCUCUACUGAAGAGCAGAUGAUUAGGGAUGCCCCCCCUUAUUUCAAUUCUGAAAAUAAAGUUAAUUCGAAUCUUCAUGAAGAAGUUCAGUUGCUUGAGAACUUCCCACUAUCUUCCACAUUGUGCACAAAAAAGUAUUCUGAACUCGAAGCAGUGCCUGUUAUGACUGAAGUGCAAGAAGAUAUGCCUAAAGCUUUUAUGAACUCAGACGAGUAUGUUACGGAAAAUACAACCCCAGACAAAUCCAUUAAAAGCACUCGUUUCUCAGGUAGAGACGAGUUUACAAACUAUUCUGUUUCUGGAGAGGCCAAAUCCUCAAAUUACAAUAAAGAUAAUAUUCCAGUUGGCCAACAAGAUUUAAAUCCACAGAAGUCUUACCAUAACCAAGAGAGAGUACGUCUUAAAUCUUCUAUAAAACCUCAGAUUCCUGAAAAACCACAUAUUCCAGAAACCGACCAUAGGGAACUGGAUAAAAGGCAUAUUACUCAUGGGAUUCACUCUAGAAAACCAUCUAGUCCUAAAGAAAAAAAUAAUUUUCAAGAUCGGACACAGAAUGUGGAAAAUGAUAACCAGAUCUCUCAAAGAGUGUUUGUAUGUGAAACAAAAAGAGUAUCUUCUGAUGGUUUAGAAAGUACUGAGACACAAUCUCAUGCUGGCAUACGGUCAAGAACAUAUAGUCCAAGGGAGGCUUUACAGUCCACAGUGAUAGUUAAACCAGUCAUCAUUGAAAAGGAUAUGAAAGAAAUCAUGAGUGAUUACAGAGUAAGGUCUAGCUCAGACAUUAGUAGAUCACAGACCAAUACAACACCAAGCAAAGUUUCGAGCAGUAUCACAUUUUUUCCUUCUGAUGCAGUAUCUUCUCGUAUGAACACAGAUGUGAUGCCAAGAGAGAGACACACAUCUACCAGUAACAUUAGAUUAUCUGCAAACGAUCAGACCGUGUUAAAAAAUAAUAUUAGUAUUCCUUUUGAAAUAUCAAUAAAGAAAGAAGAUAUGGUAUUAAAAGUGGCUAUUGAUGAUGAUGAUGAUGAUGAUGAUGAUGAUGAUGAUGAUGAUGAAAGUGACUUGAAUCUUGCAGAAAUAAACAAGGUAUCUGAUCUAACCAUCAGCCAACAGCAAAAGAAGAUUAACGAACAUAACCUUGAAAUGGAGACUGUAUCUUGGAAAAAGCAUAGCAUCGUAGACACAAAUUAUUUUGAGAGUAAACGAGGUUUUACGAGAAGUACUUUGAGAAAAGGCGUCUUAGGUUCUACAGAAGAACUAGAUAUACUAACUACAGAGAAAGAUGACUCAAGAGAAACAAAAUAUAGACGUAAAUCUGUUUUAGAUGAAGAAAAACCUGUCCGAUUACGUCAUGAUGGAUAUUCGAGAAACAAAACUUCUAACUUAUACAGUUGGUCAUCUCUAGAUCCAGUGUCUAAGAGGAGCCAAAGUAGUCUGACUGCCACAGAGAUCAUAGGAAGACGAACUCCUUCAACUGAAACUUUUUCUUCUGGCUUAAACACAAGGAAUCGGUAUAGCGUAGAGGAUGGAGACCUGCUCCGCUCCAGGAGGAGAAAGUAUGAAGUGGGUAAACUGACCAGCAUUGAUUCUGUAGAAAGAAAGCCAUCCUCCAGGCAGGAACUGCAGCAAAAUCAGCGGCAUUCGAAGAGCAUGGUAGGGGAGCGAAUACGGCAGUUGGAACAUUAGCCGAACUGGAAAUACCUAAAACAGAAGAUCUUGUUGAAAAGUAAAGACAGUCCAGUCUGCACACUCCACUGAAUGCUGAAGAUGCUGCUUGUUCAACAUAUUAAUAUUUCUACUCCACACACUUCCUUCUAAGCAUUGAAUUGUGACCUAAACAAACUUGUACAGUUUUUAUUUUAUUUUAUUAUUUUGCUUUCCAUUAUAUUUGGUAAGGGAUAAAACUGCAUGAUCUCUCAGGGUAACAAGGAGGGCACAGGUAUUGUAAUUGUGUAUAUAAGAUCAGUGCUAAAUAAAAAAGCUAUUGGUAUAUGUAUGUCUGUAUAUAUUUUUAUAUGAAUAUAUACAUACACAAUAG